GCUUCUUCAUAUGUGUGGACUUCCUUCUAGAGAGAGAAAGUUUUAGAGCGAGAAACCCCACAGCACAUAUUGCUUUGCUGUUUGUACAAUAUACAAAUACAUACAUACACAUAUAGAUACAAAUUCUUACGUCAUUCCAGAGGUAGAAAGAAACAUUCCAAAAAGUUGAUCAUCACCAAAAUCUUUGUGAUUUAAUCUUUGGGGUUCUUGUUCUUCAUCUUAUUAUUGUUAAUAUCGAUCUGGGUCAGCGACGACUGCUUUGUGGGUUCUGUAUUUCAUUGAUGAGAAGAAGAUCCAUAGGGCUUUCUAAUCAUCUUUGAUGGCGGCACCGGUUAAUAUUAUUGUGGGUUCACACGUUUGGGUUGAAGAUCGCGCUUUAGCAUGGAUUGACGGGGAAGUGACCCGAGUUAACGGGCAAGAGCUUCAUGUACAUACCACAAAGGGAAAGACUAUUGUUACGAAUGUCUCGAAAGUGUUCCCAAAAGAUACCGAAGCUCCUCCUGGAGGUGUAGACGACAUGACACGUCUUUCAUAUCUACAUGAACCGGGAGUGUUACAAAAUUUGGCAACCAGAUAUGAACUUAAUGAGAUUUACACAUAUACCGGAAAUAUUUUAAUUGCUAUAAAUCCAUUUCAAAGAUUGCCUCAUUUGUACGAUACACACAUGAUGGAACAAUAUAAAGGAGCCGGAUUCGGAGAACUUAGUCCCCAUGUUUUUGCCGUAGCAGAUGUCGCAUACCGGGCGAUGAUUAACGAAGGAAAAAGUAAUUCAAUCUUGGUCAGUGGAGAAAGUGGUGCCGGUAAAACCGAAACAACAAAGAUGCUCAUGAGAUAUCUUGCGUAUUUAGGGGGGCGAUCUGGUGUGGAAGGACGCACAGUUGAACAACAAGUUCUCGAAUCAAAUCCUGUACUCGAAGCAUUUGGGAACGCAAAAACUGUCAGGAACAACAACUCAAGUCGGUUUGGUAAAUUCGUUGAGAUACAGUUUGAUAAAAGUGGGAGGAUAUCGGGGGCGGCUAUUAGAACUUAUCUGCUUGAGAGAUCGCGUGUUUGUCAGAUAUCUGAUCCCGAAAGAAACUACCAUUGUUUUUAUCUUCUUUGUGCUGCACCACCUGAGGAUAGAGAAAAGUUUAAAUUGGAAAGUCCACAGUCAUACCAUUACUUAAAUCAGUCAAAAUCAUUUGAGCUCGAGGGUGUAAGUGAUGCACAUGAAUAUCUUGCUACAAGAAGAGCAAUGGACAUUGUUGGAAUCAGUGAGGAAGAACAGGAUGCAAUAUUUAGGGUUGUAGCUGCGAUUCUUCAUCUUGGUAAUAUUGAGUUUGCAAAAGGAGAGGAGAUCGACUCUUCGGUGCUUAAAGACGGGAAAUCUCGGUUUCAUUUGAAUGUGACAGCUGAAUUGCUUAUGUGUGAUGCUAAGAGUUUAGAGGAUGCAUUGAUUAAACGUGUAAUGGUGACACCCGAAGAAGUUAUUACAAGAACUCUUGAUCCUGAAGCCGCACUCGGUAGUAGGGAUGCUUUAGCUAAAACAAUCUACUCUCGUUUGUUUGAUUGGAUUGUGGAGAAAAUAAACAAUUCGAUCGGGCAGGAUCCGAACUCAAAAUCACUAAUUGGUGUUCUUGAUAUAUACGGGUUUGAAAGUUUUAAGCAUAACAGUUUUGAGCAGUUUUGUAUAAACUUCACAAAUGAAAAACUGCAACAACAUUUCAACCAGCACGUGUUUAAAAUGGAGCAAGAAGAGUAUACCAAGGAAGCGAUAAAUUGGAGCUAUAUAGAGUUUGUUGAUAAUCAAGAUGUUUUGGAUCUUAUCGAGAAGAAACCUGGAGGAAUCAUCUCACUUCUCGAUGAAGCCUGCAUGUUCCCAAAGUCUACUCAUGAAACCUUUGCUCAGAAGCUGUACCAGACAUUUCCGAAAAACAAACGGUUCAUCAAACCGAAGCUUUCUCGCACUAGUUUUACGAUAGCUCAUUAUGCAGGGGAGGUGAUAUAUUUAGCUGAUCAGUUUCUUGACAAAAACAAGGAUUAUGUGGUGGCUGAGCAUCAAGAUUUAUUAACCGCCUCGAAAUGCCCCUUCGUUGUUGGUUUAUUUCCUCCGCUUCCUGUAGAAUCAUCCAAAUCUUCCAAAUUUUCCUCCAUUGGUUCGCGAUUUAAGUUGCAACUUCAGUCUCUAAUGGAAACGUUGAGCACAACCGAACCUCAUUACAUUCGAUGUGUGAAACCGAACAAUGUUCUCAAGCCUGCUAUUUUUGAAAACCUAAAUAUUAUCCAACAAUUACGAUGUGGUGGUGUUCUUGAGGCAAUCAGGAUCAGUUGUGCUGGUUAUCCCACCAGGCGAACGUUUGAUGAGUUUCUUCUUCGUUUUGGUGUUCUUUAUCCUGAUGUUCUUGACGGAAAAUAUGAUGAGAAGGUUGCAUGCCAGAUGCUAUUGGAUAAAAUGGGGUUAAAAGGCUACCAGAUCGGGAAAACAAAGGUGUUUUUACGUGCUGGUCAAAUGGCUGAGCUGGAUGCGAGAAGGGCUGAGGUUCUUGGAAAUGCAGCUAGAAUCAUUCAAAGGCAAAUGCGUACUUAUAUUGCACGCAAGGAGUAUAUUUCCAUACGCAAAGCUGCUAUUCAGUUGCAGGCUUGCUGGCGAGCUUUAUCUGCUUGCAAGCAAUUUGAAUUAUUAAGAAGAGAAGCAGCAGCAGUGAAGAUUCAAAAAGAUUUCCGUUGUUUUGUUGCUAGCAAAUCGUAUCAAACACUUAGGGCAUCUACAAUUAAUUUACAAACGGGAUUACGAGCAAUGACUGCUAGAGAUGAGUUCAGACACCGAAAGCAAACUAAAGCAGCAAUUUUUAUACAGGCUCACUACCGUUGUCACAAAGAUUGUUCUUACUACAAGAGUCUUCAAAAGGCUACGUUAUAUACUCAGUGCUGUUGGAGACGUAGAGUUGCAAGAAAAGAGCUUCGGGCGCUUAAGAUGGCUGCAAGGGAGACCGGGGCCCUCAAAGAGGCGAAAGACAAAUUAGAAAAGCGCGUGGAAGAACUUACGUGGCGUUUGCAGUUAGAGAAACGGCUAAGGACUGAAUUAGAAGAGACAAAAGGUCAAGAAACCGCAAAGUUGCAGGAUGCGUUACGUCUGAUGCAAGUUCAAAUAGAGGAAGCAAAUGCUAAAGUAAUUAAAGAGCGUGAGGCAGCACGUAAAGCUAUCGAAGAAGCACCGCCAGUUGUUAAGGAGACACCUGUCAUAAUUCAAGACACUGAAAAGAUCGACGCCUUAACCGCUGAGGUUGGAAGUUUAAAGGCGUUGCUGUUGAAUCAAAAACAAGAAGUAGACGAGGCUAGAAAGUCUUUGAUAGAAGCUGAUGCAAGGAAUGCUGAUUUAAUGAAAAAGUUUGAAGAUGCUGAGAAACGAGCGGAACAACUUCAAGAAUCUAAUCAAAGGCUUGAAGAAAAGCUAUCGAAUAUGGAAUCCGAGAAUCAAGUACUUCGCCAGCAAGCACUGACCAUGUCACCAACCGGAAAAUCCAUAUCUGCAAGACCAAGAACGUUGAUUAUUCAGAGAACGCCAGAGAAUGGAAACGUUCAAAAUGGAGAAACAAGGGUGGCUACACCUGAGACAACACAUGUUCUGGCAAAUUCAAGAGAGCCGGAGUCAGAGGAGAAACCACAAAAGUCUCUUAAUGAAAAACAACAAGAGAAUCAAGAUCUACUUAUCAAGUGUAUCACACAAGAUCUCGGUUUUUCAAGUGGCAAACCGGUUGCUGCUCUUUUGAUAUACAAAAGUCUUCUCCAUUGGAGGUCAUUUGAAGUUGAAAGAACUACGGUGUUUGACCGUAUAAUCCAAACCAUUGCUUCAGCUAUAGAGGUCCAGGAUAGUAACGAUGUGCUAGGCUAUUGGUUAUGUAACACAUCGACGUUACUUACGCUACUUCAACACACACUUAAAGCAAGUGGGGCCGCUCAUAUGACCCCACAAAGGCGGCGAUCAUCAUCCGCCUCACUCUUUGGAAGGAUGUCACAAGGGUUACGGGCAUCUCCUCAGACCGCAGGCCUUUCGUUUCUUAACGGUCGAGUGCUUGGUAGACUUGACGAUCUACGCCAGGUGGAAGCCAAAUAUCCAGCUUUGUUGUUUAAACAACAGCUUACUGCAUUCCUCGAGAAGAUGUACGGAAUGAUACGUGAUAAUUUGAAGAAAGAAAUAUCUCCAUUGCUUGGAUUAUGUAUCCAGGCUCCAAGGACAUCUCGUGCAAGUUUAGUUAAAGGGCGUUCACAAGCUAAUGCAGUUGCUCAACAAGCGUUAAUUGCUCAUUGGCAGAGUAUCGUCAAAAGCCUUGAUAAUUACUUGAAGACAAUGAAAGCAAAUUUUGUGCCUCCAUUUUUGGUGCGCAAAGUAUUCACACAGAUAUUCUCGUUUAUCAACGUUCAGCUAUUUAACAGUCUUCUAUUGAGACGAGAGUGCUGCUCGUUCAGUAACGGUGAAUACGUAAAAUCAGGGUUGGCUGAACUUGAACAAUGGUGUUGUUAUGCAACUGAGGAAUAUGCAGGCACUGCGUGGGACGAGUUGAAGCAUAUUAGACAAGCUGUUGGAUUUUUGGUUAUUCAUCAAAAGCCCAAGAAAACUUUGAAUGAAAUAACCAAUGAACUUUGUCCUGUGCUUAGCAUACAACAACUAUACAGAAUUAGCACCAUGUAUUGGGAUGACAAAUAUGGUACACAUAGUGUUUCUUCAGAAGUCAUUUCAAGUAUGAGAGUUAUGAUGACAGAGGACUCGAACAAUGCUGUUAGCAGUUCGUUUUUGUUAGAUGAUGACUCCAGCAUACCGUUCUCUGUGGACGAUAUAUCCAAAUCUAUGCCGCAAGUUGAAAUAGGGGACGUUGAACCACCACCGUUGAUUCGUGAAAACUCGGGUUUUGUGUUUCUACAUCAACGGACCGAAUGAAAAGAUGAGACGUCCCUUUUUUGAUGUCUUUAUGGCUGCAUGCCUGUGAAUACCGUUUCUUUUUUAUUGUAUUUAUUUCGGUGUGCAAUACGUUUUUUUUGUUUUCCCAGGCGGUUGGGGUUUUUAUUAGUGUCUGGGGUUCGAUUUAUUUUGUAUCCGUUUUUAGCCUUUGGGUUGGGUUGGAAAGGGGUGAUUAUUUAUUCAUUAGAUAUGGCAGGCAAUUCAUAAUAUUGCCAAAAGUGUGUGAUGUACUGAUGUUGUUGUUAUUGGUUUUGAAAUUAUUUAUAGUUGCAAAUUGUUAGGUUACAAUUUGCAUUAGUCUCAAAAACUGUAUAGCUUCAUUUUGUAUACUGUAUAUGAUACCCUCUUGUAGAUCAACUUGUGUUGAAUUUAAUUUUCAUAAGGAUAUGACUCUUUUUUUAUUCUGUAAA